UACGAUUUUGCAUUCCUUGUGUGGACAAAAGAAAGACACACUGACUGAACCAAAGAUCAUUUACAUACGGCAUAGGCUACCCAACUUGAUCCACUGAAAAAUGUCUAAACUACAGUUGUUGCGUUUAUUUUUAAAUGAGCGUUUAACGGAGUCUGCUGCUGUGGAGAUUUUCGAAGCAGUUGAGAAAGCGGUAGCGGAGUACCAGGAGGAGAAUGAUCGGUUACGGAGACUGCUGCGGUUCACACCAGAGAUACAACUAUGUAGAAUAGACUCCCUGCAGUUCUCUCUUGCUGUCUCUGAAGAGAAGGUUCCCCCUGAGCAGCAGCACUGUGAGCAGGAGUGGAGCUCCGGUCUGGGGCAGGAGGACCCAGAGCCCACACAGAUCAAAGAGGAACAGGAGGAACUUCGGAUCAGUCAAGACGAAGAGCGGUUUCAAGGGUUGGAGGCUGACAUCACAGAGUUCAAAUUCCCUCCGACCUGUGUGAAAAAUGAAUGUGAUCAGGAGGACCCACUUCAGUCCAUGACUGAACAGACUAUGGAGAACAGAGAGAUUGACUCCAAACCAGUUGAUCUCAAACCUUUUGGGACUGUGACCCACCUAAAGGGUCUCGACAUUCCCUUUGACCCUCCAGAUAGUCAAAACACAUCCUCCAGUCACAGCUCUGCUACAAGCAGCGACCAAGUAGGACUUAACAGCAGCCCACCAUUGGAUCUAAUUGUGCACAAACUGGCUCACACGGGGGAGAAACUAUUUAGCUGUGGUGACUGUGGGAAAAGCUUCAGUCAAAAGGAACACCUAGGGAACCAUGUACGCAUUCACACAGGAGAGAAACCGUUUAGCUGUGGUGACUGCGGGAAAAGCUUCACUGUCAAGGGGAACCUAACUGUGCACAAACUGGCUCACACUGGAAAGAAACCAUUUAGUUGUGGUGACUGCGGGAAAAGCUUCUAUCAGAGCCAGGAACUAACUGCGCAUAUACGGACUCACACUGGGGAGAAACCGUUUAGCUGUGGUGACUGUGGGAAAAGGUUUUAUCACAAGAUUACUCUAAACCGACACAUUCAGACUCACACAGGAGAGAAACCGUUUAUCUGUGGUGACUGUGGGAAAAGGUUUUAUCACAAGAUUACUCUAAACCGACACAUUCAGACUCACACAGGAGAGAAACCAUUUAUAUGUGGCGACUGUGGGAAAAGCUUCAGUCAGAAGGAACACCUAGGGAACCAUACACUGACUCACACAGGAGAGAAACCGUUUAGCUGUGGAGACUGUGGGAAAAGCUUCAGGCAGAAGGGGACCUUAAAUACGCAUAAACUGACUCACACGGGAGUGAAAUCAUUUAGCUGUGGAGACUGUGGGAAGAGCUUCAUUCUGAAGGGGUCCCUAAAGAUGCAUAUACAGACUCACACAGGUGUGAAACCAUUUAUAUGUGGAGACUGCGGGAAAGGCUUCUAUCUGAAGGGAGACCUAGGUAAGCAUAUACUGACUCACACAGGUGAGAAACCAUUUAGCUGUGGAGACUGCGGGAAAAGCUUCAGGCAGAAGUCGGCCCUAAAGACGCACACACUGACUCACACUGGAGAGAAGCCAUUUCACUGUGGAGACUGUGGGAAAAGAUUCAGUCAGAAUGGGGCCCUAAAGAAGCAUUUAUUGACUCACACAGGAGUGAAAUCAUUGUAGCUGUGGUGACUGUGGAAAAAGCUAUCAGAAAAGACGCCUAACUGAACAUAUUCAGACUCACCUAGGAGUUAAACAACAUGACUGCUCAGUCUGUGAUAGAACAUUCAUCUGCUGAAGCAUGUUAAUAAUGUCCUCAAAGAAAGAAACCGGGAGGACAAAAAUACAGUGGGGCAAAAGAGUAUUUAGUCAGCCACCAAUUGUGCAAGUUCUUCCACUUGAAAAUUACAGGCUUCUCUCAUAUUUUUAUCAUAGGUACACUUCAACUAUGACAGACAAAAUUAGAAAAAAAAUCCAGAAAAUCACAUUGUAGGAUUUUUAAUGAAUUUAUUUGCAAAUUAUGGUGGAAAAUAACAAAAGUUUAUCUCAAUACUUUAUGUACCCAUUGUUGGCAAUGACAGAGGUCAAACGUUUUCUGUAAGUCUUCACAAGGUUUUCACACACUGUUGCUGGUAUUUUGACUCAUUCCUCCAUGCAGAUCUCCUCUAGAGGUCUGCAUGGAGGAAUGGGUCAAAAUAGGGUAAAAAAAUGGCAGAGGACAUAGCUCCUUGGGAGAGUCUCCAUUGGAAAAAGUCUGUCCUCGACUCCUGUCCUCCUCCCCGUGAACUGGAUACUGAUAAGUGGUCGAAAAGAGUGGUCAUUUGUUAGUAGCCGGACGGAGAAGUGUCAUCCAAAACCCAUUAGAUGAGAAAGUCAGAGGUUCCGCUCCAAUUACCUUCUCCUCCAAUGGGUUUUGAGAAGGAGACAAGGAGUUAGCCAUUUGAGAUCUUCCCAUAAGUACCCUUUCAGCAGCUCGCGCGGCAUUCUUUCAGAAUAUGCCACACCCCCUUUGAAUUGGCUGUUUUCUCAAAGGAGAAAAACAUGCACCCGUUUUAAAACGAUACACGACUUAUCCUUUUAUCCAUAAAAUGUCUUGCACAUCCAGCUAAAUUUUGUUUUGAUCACUUUACACAUUUAAUUUGGGAUUCUACCCCUGUAGCGCGAGUGGAGAAGGGGAGUCUUAUUUCAUAUGAGCGCAUUUCUGUGAAUCCCAAACCAGCCCCUUGCUGCUACCUACUCGUACGUAGGGCCCUCCGUUGUCACGUGUUGCUGACGAAACUCCAGAGGAUGACUUCCAUCGAGUGGCAAGGGGAUCAGUAAACCCAUCGACUUCGGGACACACUAGUGACUUGAAUGAUGCGAUUCAUGUUCCAUAUUUUAAUAAUAAAAUGCACAUGAAAUUCAAAUGAACAAUUGACUAGAAAUACUUUAACUGUUAAACGUAUCAUUUGGGAGGUAUUUCAUAUGUUUUGAGUCAAGCAAUGAAAUCCAACACAAAC